AUGUCUAAUUCCACCACCUACAAACAGAGAAAGGAGGACUUUGUCUCCAACCUGUCCGGUGGACCGGUAUCCGAGAUCAACAAUGUGACGGCCGUUGCCCUGGUUGCCGUGCUGCUGUGGUCUGCCCUGCAGGCCCGCCACUCCUUCUUCCAGACCUCCGCCGCCCUCGGCCUCCUCGUCGACUACGGCCUCAACGUUUGCGCCAUUCUGCUCGCCACCACGCUCUACUCGGACGCACCGCUCCUGUUAUGCAUAUUCCUCGCGACUCCGGUAGCUCUCGUCUACAUGCUGCCGCCCUCCGGGGGAAGCAGCAGGAAGAAGCGCGCCGCCGUGCCCCCGCCGCCCCCGCCGACUACAACAGCCGACGCGACCGGACCCUCCUCUGCCCGCAGCCUGGGCAGAGGAGGAGACCCGGCGGCCCUUGACGCCGUCCCCGUCAAGCCUUUCCUGACGACCUACCGCGGCUCCAUGCAAAUCAUCACCUACAUCGCCAUCCUCGCCGUCGACUUCCGCCUCUUCCCGCGGCGCUUCGCCAAGGUCGAGACCUGGGGCACCUCGCUCAUGGACCUCGGCGUUGGCAGCUACGUCUUCACCGCCGGCGUCGUCGCCGCGCGGCCCGUCCUCAAGGAGCGGGCCAGCGGCCGCGCGCUGUCUCCCUUGACGCGCCUGCUGCGCUCCCUGCGCCACUCGGUGCCGCUGCUCGCCCUCGGCUUCGUCCGCCUGCUCAGCGUCAAGGGCCUCGAGUACGCCGAGCACGCGACCGAGUACGGCGUGCACUGGAACUUCUUCUUCACUCUCGGCUUCCUGCCGCCCUUUGUCGCGCUCUUCCAGGAGAUCCUGCGCCUGGUGCCCUCGUACGCGGCGCUGUCCAUGUGCGUCGUCGGCCUGUACGAGCUCGCGCUCAGCCGGACGCCGCUCAAGGCGUACAUCCUGACGGCCCCGCGCGGCCCCGACCUCGUGUCGAUGAACCGCGAGGGCAUCUUCAGCUUCCUCGGCUACCUGGCCAUCUUCCUCGCCGGCCAGGACCUGGGCAUGUUCGUGCUCCCGCGCAAGGUGAACCCGCGCAGCGACGCGCGCCCCGGCGUGCAGCGCAACACGCUGCUCAUGACCAUGGCCGUGUGGGCGGGCAUCUGGGUCCUGCUGUACAACGUGUCGACAAGCUACAAGUACGGGCUCGGCCUGACGGUGUCGCGGCGCCUGGCGAACCUGCCGUACGUGCUCUGGGUCGCCGCGUUUAACUCGGUGUUCGUGCUCGGGUACUGCCUCGUGGAUACCGUGUUCUUCCCCGCGUUCUACAACGCCACCGACAAGAGGGCGGAGCGUGAGGCGUAUGAGUUUGCCACGAGCAAGCUCAUGCGGGCAUUUAACCGCAACGGCCUGGGCCUAUUCCUUGUCGCCAACCUCUUGACCGGGUUGGUAAACAUGACGGUUCCGACGCUGGACGUGUCUCCGGCGGCGGCAAUGGCCAUUUUAUUGGCAUACACUGGAGCAUUGAGUAUAUUGGCGCUAGUGCUGGAUGCCUACAACAUUUCCAUAAAGCUGUAG